CCGGAUUGUAAAACUGUCGAUCAAUUUACCGACGGUCUUUCGGAUAAACUGGCCAUUGUUCUUCUGGCAACAAGUUACUUAACACUACGGACAUUACGAUGACUUUGGGAAUGCCAUAGUCUAACUUCACGCUAACAAAAGUAACGCCAGACGUCUUGAAAGAGUUCUCAUUUGUGCAGCUGAAUGAGGGUAAAUAUAUUCAAACUUUAAUCGCGGUAUGAUGCGUAGGUAUAUUUGAUCACUGGUCUUCAUCAACGUUAACUGUUUUUACUUCUGGCCUAUUUAUGGUAGAUUCGGUAAAACUGCAUCAUCCUAUUAAACAUGUUUACUCUUACAUUUGACGAACUCUGCUUAGUCCAGAAACAAAACUUCUUGCGAAGAAAGCGAAUCGACACCGCGCGAUUCUUCGAUCAUUCGCAUAAGUAAACAUUGAGAAAUACAAAGUUUCUUUUCCUUCUUUAUCAAAACUCACGUUCUUUUAGAUUCUUGUUUAAUCACGAUCCUGGCUUUCAGAGAAGUAAUGAAGUAUUGGUGACAAAUCUGAAUGAUAAAAUUCGAUUUUAGGCUCAAAUAUGUCGUUGUUUCCUCUUCCGGUUUAAUUCCGCGAAACUGAGACAGACAUGAUCAAAGCCGCGUAGACUUAAUGAUUAAACAAACUGCUGUCACGCUAUACUCUGUUUAUUACUGGGCCAUUCUCUGUAAAUUUGACUUGUUGAAAGUUAUAUAGAAAGCCCCAUUUUAUAUUUGGAGAUGCAACUUUUCCUCCUAACACGGUAUGAGUGUUGGAUCAGUGAAGAGUUUAUUUGCCAGCGUAUAUAAACAAAUAUACGAAACGAUUGUGGUUUGAUCUGAUUAUUUUACCCCAUCUCUAAAUUUAAACACGGUCUCAUGUGAUAUAAAGAAUAAUUAACCAAGGACAAAUCCUCAAGACCGGUGUAUAUGUGAUUGCAUUUUUAAACCCCCGUCCGAUUAUUUAUAUGCUUGGUCCAACAAGAAGCAGAAGAGAGCUAAAAGCGUUUGCAGUCAUACAAAAAGGGAACGAAUGUCAAAAUCCAUAUUAACCCUUCCACUCCCCAAGAUCCCACUAGUAAUUCUCCUUACUGACUGCCAUACAAUUCUUAUGAUAGUAUUUCGGAGAAUUUGUUAUUGGAUCAACUGAUAAUUCUCCAAUUGAUGUUUUUCUUUAUUCUCAUCACUUGUCUGCUUGAUGUUGUUUCGAAAUUGUAAGGAGAAAUUCAGCCUUGGUCACUCAUGGGAGUUAGAAGGUUGAGGGAAUAUAUUUAGGUUAGGCAGUAUAAGAAACGAAGGCAUGUCCACGUAUUUUUCCUUCGCUUUUGCUGAUGUUACAGAAAAUAAAUAACAUACUACUGCAAAUUGAUGGUAACAAAUAAUACUUUAAGAAAAUCAUAUAUAUUUUAUAUAGUUUAUAAGCAGAAUUAAAACUAUAGAAUUAAACUAGGAGAAGAAUCACCCGUUAACUUGUUUCCUUCAUUUUUUUAUCUUCAGUCUUCGAUCAGAAGAUAAAGACCAAGUAUCACAAGCAUCAAUACAGUGUUUGCAUACUGAAAUUUUGAGGGUGACUCACCGAACAUUAACCGAAGGCAUCUACCAUGGCUGUAAGUUUAUUUUCUUUUAUCUCUUGUAGCUUUGCCUCAUAUUGCUUUGUAUACAAGCUUUUAUUUUGUGUUUGUUAUUUCCGUCGUUGCCGCUUGGUUUCUUUUCAACAUGCAACGUGAAGGGCCAAUUAAGUCUGAUGUAGCUGAUACUUCACUUGCAGCCAGUUGUGGAUAACUUUACGCAUGCUUUUUUUGACUGCCUGCAAGAUGUUUCAGUCCUUAUGCAAUAAUCUAGGGAAUUUGGUACAAAACAUGUAUCAGUUCAAAACUUACAAUUUCUUAUAACUUGUUUGCUCUUCAAUGCGCCGAUGUUGUCAGGAGAAUUGAUAUCUUGAUGACUCAUGGGAUUCAGUAAAUGAUUCUUUAAGAAAUCCUAGCAGAUUUCCCUUAGUACGCUUCUCAUCUGUUUGCCACAAAAUGGAAAGUUGCACCCUUGUAGUGUUGACUCGUUGUAACACCAAGAGUCCAGAAAACGUUAUUAGAUUAAAAUCAAGAGAAAGUAACGAGAAGAGAGGGAAAAUAAAGGCGUUGGCCGGGAUAUGUAGAUUUCACUUAAGUUUUCUCUAGCUUGGAGUUAGAAGAAUCGAGUUUCCUGAAUAAAUGUAGUUUCUUAUUUCCGGAAUCCGUUUGAUGUUUAAAGAACCAAUCUCGUCGCUGUUCGCCGGCACUCCAAUCAUACUCACAGGCGAUCAAGGCCUACUGAAAGAGGACGGAUGCAUUUCAUUUUCCGUGACCAAAAGGCCAUAUGCUAAACGGAAAGCGACGUGUGACAUGCGCAAUAACAUAACAUUCGUUUCGGGUUAAGCGAAAUGCGACUCUCGCUUCGGUGCCUAUAGAGGUGUUGUGUUCCAAAGGUUUUAUUUUAUGAAGAAUUGUUCGAGGAAAAACGGGUUCGUAACGCUUGGUUAGCUUGUAAAUGUUAUUAUCCUGUGAUAUAAGCGUCAUCGAUUUCUGAACUUAAUUAUUAAGAGUUUGUCUUAUAUGUUAACACAUGUUCAGAGUGUUUCGGCAACGGCUAUCUUUAAAUAACGUGAGAUUGACAUAUCCUAGGGCCUAGAGCAGAAAGCGUUCUUCUCUGUCCCAUUAUUUUAUCCUGAUCAGUGACAAAUUGCAUCGCCUACAUCUUGAUGGAUACAUAAGCAUAACUUCGAAUUUUAAGGAUAUAAGUGACCUUUUUUGUUGCAAAUGCAAAUCUGUAAAUCACUAAUCAGCAAGGUGCCAUAUCUUGUUUGGAAAUAUUAUUUUACAUCAGGGAUUUGAAGAUUUGAGGCAUUUCCAGUUGGAAAAUGAAGACGAAGCCCUGGCCAAAGUACUAAAAAUGUCCAAACCAGAAGACUCUCCAACUCCCUCAUCUUUGGUGCAGGUAUCUUUUGAAUAUCCAGAGUUACCAACUUUCAGCAUACAUUCAAGAUUCUAUAAGUUCUGGUCUUAACAUGGUAGUGUUAUGAACUACUAAAAUUAGAGGUGUUUGGGAACUAAUAAAAUUAAAAUUGUUCUGGCUAAAUUUUUGGGAACUUUUUAGGCCUGUUAGAUUAUCUUGGAAUACUUAUGCGACAUCUUGUGAGCCUUGGUUAGUUAUGUGCUGCAAGACCAUACAUUUAUCUUUACCCUUUGAGUGAUGUGUCCUUGAACGUUGUAGUAAGGCUUAAUUCUCAUACGAUGAUCGUCAUUGCCAUUAUUUUUUUUCCCAUCUGACAGGAUUUUCAAACACAAGAUGAUGAUGAAGAUCAAAUAUUAGCUAGAGCUGUGGCUCUUUCUUUAGAAACACCAGGUUUGUAAUUUAAUGUAACCGGUGGGUCAAAUGCAUAAGCCUUUGACUACGGAUCAAUUCGUCCUUUUCCCAACCCCGGUAGCGUCUUUGUAUUUAUUAUUGCAACAAAAAUGUAUCCUCAUAAAAGUAACCUUUACACAUGGGUGCCAUAAAGAGCAACCUAAAGACGCAUUUCAUAUUCUUGUUCAGAAGUGAUCAACAGGGUAAUUUAAUAUUAUCAACUGAGUUAAUAACGUAAAUUGGCCAUCGUAAAUAGUUACAACGCUGAUGUUUCGAGCGUUGGCUCUUUUUCAAAGCAGAUGGACAAAGGGCUACCACUCGAAACGUCAGUUUUUUAACUCUUAACGGUGGCCAAUUUGCGUUAUCAGCUUAGCUGAUAACACUAAAUUACCCUGUUAUACUCUCCAACCAACGCAGCACCACAGUUUCUUUAGAAACUUCCCUCCUUUAUUCAGAUGUGAUUAGCCAUGUUCAUCUUUAAUGCUCAAGUAAUUUCUCAAAUGGAAAAAAAUAAAUGACAGUCCUUCUAUUUAGACCAGUCAUUUACUCACUAAGUCAAUUUUAAACUUUAAAAAAACGAAAUCCUUUUUUUCCUUUACAUUCGUUGAAGGCCCUUCACCUAGAUAUUUUUACAAUGACAAGAAUGAAUAAACGUCAACCAGGAAACCACUUAAAUGCCUCCUUCGUCAUUUUUAGCUGUCAUAACAUUUCAAAAGUUUUUUGUUUUGCUUUGUUUUUGCCUUCUUCUUCUUCUUUCUCUUCCUUUCUUGGUGCUUGCUGAUUCGUUUCCUUGGGUUUGUUGUCUUUCUGUCUUCUUACGUAUGUCGAGUGCAUGUCUCGCCCCAAUUGAAUAUUCAGGAAAUCAGGGGGAAAUGCUAGAAAUAUUUCAUACUUCGUUUUUAUUACUAUUUCACACUCGGUUUGGAUCCGUUCAAUCCGAUGGCUCUGACGCUUCAUCCGCUGAACUUCUACUUGCUGACGUCAAUUGCUUCGAUCCUUCGGUACGCACCAUAGAGAACACACAAUCUGCUUCUCCUCUUUGUUUGCCAAACAACUACCACUGGAAUGCGCUUGCGGGAAGGACGACAAAGACAGACGAUCAGAGGAGUUCUCUAAGAGUGGUCGAGGACGGACUUGAACAACUCAGGAGAGUUAAAGGCAAGCUAUGGUCGGCUACAAUAUUGAUAUUGAGGAGUUAUCUAAUUCUCAAAUUUCGCUGACCAAAAUGUAGUUCAUACAAAGAAGUUGCUAACUCAAAAUGGAAAAAUUUUCAUUUCGUGACCUAAAAUGAAAACGAUGCGUAAUUUAAGCUCCGGUCUGAUUUGAAUUAAAUUAGAAUUGCUUCAAUUAAUUAGGCCAAACAAUAAAGAAAACCUGCAAGUGAUUAUAGCAAAAUGUAUUCUUCAUUUAAAUCAGUCAUUAUGUUAACUGCGAAUUUCUUUUUAUCGUUCUUCAACAGGCCCAGUGUGCGUGGUAUCCAUCGCUGGUCCUUACAGAAAGGGGAAGUCCUAUAUAUUAAGCCAAGCUUUUGACCAACCAGACGUUUUUCCUCUUGGACAUAAAAUGGAGGCUGAGACUAUGGGAAUCUGGAUAUGGAUUGUUCCAGAAAAAUUUAAGGUUUGUUUAUUCAUUGAGUUUGGCAGUAUCUUAUAAGAUAAAAGUAACCUUGCACUAACCGCUUUUAAUUAAUGAUGUCUAUUUUCAAAAUGUUGGGGUAGACACGGUAGGAAUCCGGUUGGAAGGUACGGAUCGAGACCUGGCUGGGUCGUUUUGCCGUUUUCUGAGGCAAGAAACUUUAGUCUCAUUGUGCCUCCCUCCAUUCAGAAGUUUAAAUGGCCCGGUACCGGCGAACUGCCGGGGAAGCCUGACGAAAUGCGAAGGGGCUAUCACUGUUAUGCAUGUAUUAGGUAACCCGUAUUGGGUGAGUGGCAAAUAAACCCGGUCGCGUCAUGCUGCAGAAACCGCGGGAUAAACUCCAACUGAACGGGCCACUAACCUCAAGUCCAGAGUUUACCUAUUAACUUUAUAAAAUUUGUUCAAUCGAUAUUGCAUUUAGAAUUCCAAUGGACAAGAAUUCACAGUGGUGUUACUGGACUCUGAAGGGAUUGACGCCACAAAUAGUGAAAACACCGAUGACCAUCAGAUCUUCACUCUAACAGUCUUGUUAGCGUCCGUGUUGAUAUACAAUUCGCAAGGUGUUCCGACACGAAGUGAUGUAGAGAAACUGGAAUAUCCUUGACAACUCUCCAGUAGAACAGAUAUCAGAACUACAGUUAAUAGGAUUGUCUGCAUAAAAAAAGCGGGCAAAAUUCCAGUUGUUGUUGAAAGCUCUGUAACAAGACAAAAUCGUUUGCUCUGUGUUCAAACAAAAGAUAGAAAAACGGUUGUGCACAAUCUCUUUUUGUUUUUUGUUUUUUGUUUUUAGUUUUUACACACUGGAUUCUGAUAAAUAAACAGGGAGCUUUUAUAGGUCAUUGAGCUCAAAAUAAUGUGGGUAUCAGUUUUGGUUGACAUAUAUACCAUAGAUAUUCCUUGACGGUUUGCAGCUACAUAGUAAAACUUUCCAAAAGAAUUCAGACGCGAUCCACCGUCUCUGGUGCGUAUAGUCCAUCGCAAAACAGCGAGUUUUUCCAUAAAACAUUUCCCUAUUUCAUCUGGCUGCUUAGAGAUGUAACACAGUCUAUACCAGAUGACUGCAAGAACAUCAAAGAAUAUUUCUUAAAAAAGGUAAUCCUUGUCGUUCUACUAGUUUUGGGAGGCAUACGACUGUUAAUGACACAUGUUUUUGACGGUGUGUAAGAAGUAGCUUAAUCCAUCCUCAAUCAACGGCCAUUAGGGAAGGAAGCUCUUUUCAUUAGUUUGUAUCGGAAAAGUCGAAACCAUCCAGAGGGAUGGCAUAGUAUCUGCUUGUGAAAGAUGUGUUUGAUAACGCCUAUCCUUGUUAAAAGAACAUAGUUAUCCGCAGAGGCUAAUCUCAUUAAAUACGAUAGAUCUCUACUCUCCUUUAGAGAACAAUAUCUUGCUUAAAGUAGAUCUUCAAAAUUCAAAUCAUAUGAAGUUCACAAUCUAUGUUCAAGGGUACCUGCCAUCUCGGUAUUUCAUUAGGAUAAUUCGGUUAUAUAGAAACUUAAGGAUCAUGGGCUUCUCAUGCUUAACGUCAGGUUUUUAAAGGACAAGUUUCAUCAGAUGCGGAUAAUAAAACCGAGGAAGGAGUAGCUGGGAGCAUCUUGCGUUUCUUUCCUGGCUUCGAUGCCUUUAUGUUGCCACCUCCAACAGUUGAUCUUGAGACAAUGAAAAGCUUAAACAAGACAAAAAGCAAAGUGAAUCAGUGGUUCUGGCGUGGCUUGGAGAGGUUUAAAAGCUUACUGAGGGACACUUUAUCCCCUAAACGCAGCUUUAAUGAUGGAGAGUUCGUCACAGGAGAAGGUAGACUUGCUUUUUUUUUUAACUGUCGCUUUAGAUAUCUACCAUGAAUGAGUUAUUUUAAAUGCAAUAGCGACUUCUAACUGUGCACACGCACGAUCAGCGAUUCUUGCCUUCCUGGUAUGAACACCUGAGAAAGAAAAAUUUGGGAUACACGAAGGAAUAUUCAAACUAUCUACCUUUUUUCAAAAUUGACUUGAUCCGGUUCCUUUGAAGCAAAUGCAAGAAUGUAGCCUGGAAAAGGAAUCGUUCAUCUGAACAAUGUUGCAUUCGAAUCAGAAUGAUCAACGCCUAGAGAAAAAAUUGAUAGCAAUAAUUAUGAUGUUGACAAUGAUGAAAUAAUAAUAAUAAUAAUAAUAAUAAUAAUUAUGAUAUUAACAAUAGUCAUCAUAAUAGUAAUAAUAAUUGGGAUGUGGCAAUUCGGUUAUACAAAACGGAAUACUUCAAUAAAAUUUCAUUUUAGGUCUCGCAGCUAUGGUUCAGCUCUACGUCGACGCAAUAAAUGCUCCUGAUGCUAUUCCGAAUGUUCAAAGCGCAUGGGAGACGUUUGUCGAAGGCAAAUGCGCAAAUGCAAAACAGUCUACUCUGCAAAUGUAUGAUGCACUUAUGACGGCCCGAUUAUCGGAUGCGUUACCUCGCAGAAAUAAUGAUAUUCGUAUGUGCCAUAACGAUGUUCUUGAGCAAUGCGAGGAUCAGUUGAUGAUGGAACUUGCUGGAAUUUCUACAAAUUUAGUUGAAAUGACAACUAGAGAGUUUCAGGCGAGUCGCAAAAAGUGUUUGUUUUAGAGUUUUUUCACUAUCCUGAUUUCUUCUUGGUUCAUUGUAUCUUUUGAAAAAAGUGAAUUCCGCUGACCAUUGAGUAUGGUGUAAGCCAAAUUUUCAAUCAUGGUUUAUACAUAGAAGAAAGUUUGUGUAACAUUUCUGCCAUAUCACAGAGUUCAUACAGUUGGAUUGCGGACAGUGACAUCUCAGUCAGUCGAGCCUGAGAAUAGAUGAUAAGUAGUUCUGUAUUUAGUAGAAAGUAUUUCUGUAUUUAGUAGAAUUACACCUCAGUGUCCGCCUACUACCUAAAAUUAUUCUCAAAGACAGCCCGGAGACCGUGGAUUGAAGUGAUUAUUUUUGCUCCUAAGAACCUCUACUUUUACCUUUAAUUUCAAACUUUAUUAUAAUUACCGAGUGAAUUUGCGGGAUUUUCAUACCAAGCUAGCGUUUUUAACGCUGUGUAAUAGACUGAUAUGAGGUUCGCUUCUAUCCGGACCGGGCCUAAGGGAAUUUUAUGUCUUGCAAAAGAAUUUGAAAAGUACCCUUAAAAUAUCUUCAUUAUGAAUCAUUUCGUUUAAAUAACGUUUUUUAUUUCCACAAACAGUUAUCAGUGGAAGCAAAACUGCUCUCUUGGCUGACUAAAAACGAAGAGCUCACGAGAAAAUCCUGCGAAAUUCUCUUACGAGACCUAAAAAAGAAUCAUUUGGACCCUGUAUUUGAGAAACUUUUGGGUGAGGAACGAGACAAAAUAUCAUUUGAAGACAUAAUUGGUGGAUAUCAGAGAGUUAAGGACGAUUUCCAUCAGUAUGCAGUGGGAGCUGAAGACGUUAUCGCCGCUGUAUUUUUGGAGCUUCAUAAAGUAAGGAAUAGUAAAGUUGUGAUUCAUUUAACUUUCAAUGUCAUUAUUAAAGAAGUAACCAAGGCUUAUAAGAACUGUGAAGUAUUGUGACAGUUUACAUGAAUUGUUACACGCUCGUAUUUACCAGGAUAUGACAACAUGUUCAUUCUUUGAAAUGAUUCGUAAGCAUUUCAUUAAACCAACGACGUCAUAACGUAACAAAGCAAAGCAGAGCUCUUAUCUAGGUACGUAGAGAUCCAAUUGGGAACACCAUAAUUAUGAACAAUGUCACAAUACGCCAGUUUUAAGACAACUGGUUCAUGCUUAGCGUGCGUAUAUCUAGUUCUGGAUGCACGUGGGAAGUUUGGAUAGCACUAGAGAAGCGCCGAGAGUUUUUCAAGGGGAAGCCGAAAGCAACCCGAGCUGUUGAGUAAAUAAAAGUAAAUACUCAAGCGUGGGAAAAACGGGAAUGAUCAACAGACGUAUUCGAGAUAAACGAUCACCCUCUCUAGAGACUUCAACUUCCGUGGAAUAACGCUCUACCUUAUGGGUGUUAUUUUAUAAUUCAAUGCUAAAAAAUGCCAAGAAAUGCUGAUAUGCUUUCUAAAGGAAAAUAGGGAACUCCCACUAUUGAAGAUCGACGAUCAGCCUCUAGAGCUUGUCAUCUCUCAUAAAGGGAUAGGUUUCUAACGAAACUGUGGUACUGCGUCGGCGGGAAAUUAUAGCAGUGUAAUUUGGUAUUAUCAAUUGAGUUGAUAACGUAAAUUGGCCACCGUAAAGAUUUAAAAGCUGACGUUUCGAGCGUUUGCCCUUCGUCAGAGGGAAUGGCGAAGGGCUAGCCCGCUUAACGUCAGUUUUUUAACUCUUUACGGUAGCAAAUUUACGUUAUCAACUCUAUUGCUCGUAAAGUACUUCGACUAGAAAUUCAGAAUAACUUAAAGUGGAACAACCGUGUUGAUGCUACAGUUACCAUAGCUACUAAACGUUUCCAAAUACUCCUUGUAUUGAGUGCAUUGGGCUUCGGGGGUAAAACUUAGUCACAAUUUACUUAUCCUUGAUACGAUCUGCACUUAAAUAGGCACCACGGCCUUCCCUCUUGCUUCUCUAUAGAACGUAAACAGAAACGCACCUUCAAGGUCAUUGUACCUGCACUUUCACACAGAGAAGCUCUCCAAUAUCUAAAACUACCUAGAUCAGAUAGAAGACGAAGUGAACUUUGUUUGAUUACACUCCCAAAGAUACAAAGAGGGGGCCCAUUCUUCAAACAUCCCCCUAAAGUGAGGGCGUCUGCGCCGUUAACCAAACAAGAAACGUAAAAGAACUAUAAAAUAUCAAAGCAUAGAGAAAGAUUACGUCGUAAUUUCUUUCCCAGUGCAAUUUUAUCGUUUAAUAAUCAAUAGUAUACUAAAUAAAUUGAUUAUAAUAACAUGUUAUAAAUUUUAUUUUUUAAAUUAAUUCCAGUUUUAAAACUCAAUGUUGACGAAAACACUAUUAUUAUUUUUAUUUUUAUUAUUAUUAUUAUUAUUAUUAUUAUUAUUAUUAUUAUUAUUAUUAUUAUCAUCUAAGCUUAGUUCUGCUUGCAGUUUGAAUCAUCAAUAAUUGGAAAAUAUCAGUGGUUUAAAACGCUUGCAAUGCUUUGCACAUAUCUGAAAUCAUUUGGAUAAAGAUGCGGUUUUGGUCACUUAAAAAGUGAAAAUAUAUUCAUGUGAAUUAGAGAAAUAGUCCAGGAAAUAAACAUUGCUUAAUCUCGUCUCAGGAUCUGCUGAAGGAAAAGGAGCAAUAUCUGGGGAUACUGGCACAAUUAAAAGACUUUGACGAGGAGCGGAGCCGAGAAUUGGCUGCCAGGGCAUAUCAAGAACAGGAGAGAAAAAAGCUAGAGGUAAGAAUGAAGCCAGAAAUGCUUGUACAAGUCAAUGCGUCUAUCAUCUACAAGCCCUAACGUCCAGGAAAUAGGUCCAAAAUUUUCCCUUUGUGAUUAGGAGAUCUUUGAUCCACCUGAUUGUCAAAGCAGAGCAUGCUUUAGUAAACGGUUCAGAAAAGUUUUAUUCCUAGAAAGAGUUAUUUUUCUCUUCACAGGAACAGCAGGCACGUCUUCAACAAGAAAAUCUUGAAAAGAAGAAACAGGUAAAAAUAAUAGGUAUCUUUUUUUUUUAAGAUGUUAAAAAAAAAAAAAAAAAAAAAAAAAAGGUUUCAAUAGCUAAAAAACUUUCGCGAAGUUUUUGUAGAAUGUAUUGCUGGAAACCCUCCAUUAACGUGUAUCUCUCCCAUUAACAUCUUUCGUGUGAAUUUUAUCGGUAACUAUUGAAUUGUCAAUCAUUAUACAUAAAAUUGUUUGUGACUAAGUUUUAUUGCUUAGUUGGUCAAAGGAUCGAACUGAGACCCGGACGUUUGAGUUCGAAUUUCACUGAAGUUACAAACAUUUUUAAUGGUCAUGUGCGGCCAAAAAUACAGAGAACCCUUUCCUUUCAAAUCGACUGCAUUUAAAAAAACGAGCGUAGUGAAUGCUGUUUGAAUAUUUUGAUAGCUCGAACGUGUAGGAUUAAGCGGGUCAAGAAAGCUUCUUUUUCCCAAGAACAAGAAAACCGAUAAAAGAGCAUAGUACUAAGGAUCAUUUCUGGUGAAGUACAAAACUACUUUAUGUUCUAGGAAACAUAAAUUUAAUGAUAAGACAAAAAUUUAGGAGAGAUAAAAAAGGAACAUCAGAGGAGAGAAAGAUUCCGGAUAGAAUUUUAACAUAUCAUUGUAAGCACUGUCACCUGUUGUUGAGAAGAGUUUUUCUGAUCUUAUUUUUCUCUACUCUUGUUUUGUGAUCAGAUGGAAAUGUUGAUUAGAAAUCUUGAUGAAGAAAAGAGACGCUUUGCUGACCAAAUGAAAGGCGAACGCCAGGCGCAUCAAGAUCAAAUCCAAAAUAUGAUGGAAGCAAGUAUGAGACAAGCCCAAGAGGAACGCCAGGCAUUCAUGAGGGAAAACGAAGCUUUACAAGAACGGUUCCUGGCAUUCCAAGAACGCAACGAAGAAAACAUGAAAAUGGUUCAAAAUAUGUCUGACCGAGCCGCCCAGCAACAGAAAGAAAGAGAGGCUCUUCGUCAACAGAUGAAGGAUCAAGCUGAUCAAGACAAGGAAGAUUUAGUUAAAGCGUUGAAUGAAAAACACGAUGAAGAAAUGAAGGCUCUACGGGAUGAAUUGAACACAAAGUCAAAUGAGAUGCCUGAGCAAGUUCCACAGGAUAAAUUGAAGAGUGGUGAAACAGCUGAAUUGAUUGAUAGACGAACCAGAGAAGCAGAAGAGCGGCAAAGAAACAUAGCAGAGACUCGAGAGAGACAACAAGAAGUAGAAAAACCAGGAUUUUGGAAGAAAGCGCUUAAAGGUGUAGGGAAAAUUGUGCCUUUGGUUGGUACAGCUGUUUCUGCGAUUGUACCGACUAUAGCACCGAUUGCUGCACCAGUUGCUGCCGCCGUCGGUGCUGUGUGUCAUUUUGUUUCUGAUCACGUAUGCAGUAUAAUGUAAUCAGUUGUGUAUGUAGCUCGCCUUGAUAGCAAAAAAUGCAAGGUUAGUUUAAUUCCAUGAACGCAAUUUUACUAUGGACCUCGGAGGUACUGACAUUAAGUAUUUCUAUCUGCUGAAUGAAACCAAAACGUCAAUGUAGAUAACAAGAGAGUUUUCUGAUUGAAACCAGCGUGUAAAAUUCGUUUGCGCAUUUUGCGUGGGUUUUUUCUCCCAUUAUUGCUGAUAUUUUAUGUCUUAGGAAAGAUGGCAAGUUUUGAUCUCGUUAGUGAAAUAGAGAUAUGUUUUUCACUUUGUCACGAGCGUGGGACAAAGGAACAAUUCUGAGUCUCCAUUAGGAAUCAAACCUCAGACCUUCACUUCCAAGCUCCGAUGCUCUACCCCUGAGCUAAUUAGACCACGAUGAGAGAGGCCAUUACUAGGCCUUUUUAGGCUCAUAUGAGAUAUGCCUCCUCCAUACUGCAUGGAUAAGCAAUGACGGAAGCUUAAUGUAUGGGUUAUUAUAACAGAAUGGGGUAGAUGGAAAGAAUUUAGAAUUUUUUCCUUUGAAGCACGCUCGUGACAAGGCGAAACAUCCCUCUCGUUCAUUUCUUGUUUCAUCACAGCACUGCAGCAAUUAUAUAUAUUUUUUCUCCGAUGGCUUACUCUUGCUUCGGAUUUUGGUUGGUUUUCAAUUUUCUACCCAACUCAGAUUGCUCUUUAGUGGUAAUUUUUAGGCGACAUCUAAAUGGCUUUGAUAUAAAGUUGCAGUAUAAGAUGCAAUUUCCACUGCUCGCACACAGUGCGGACCUAAGACCACUGUCUUGUGUGAUUAUGGUUUAUGUCCAUUAUAGCAAGAGAACAAUAGGGUAUGGUGCAUUAAUCAUUCAGCACUCUUCAUGUGACAUUUAGAGAUCGCAAUGACAGAAAUUUAACACAACUCGUAGUUAUAUUAAAAUGAAGUCGUUACUAAAGGUACAUUAAAGGAACUCCUAGAACUGAAAAAUACCAUCCGUACUAAUAUUCAAUUAACUUUGUAGCUCCAGUGUCAUAUUCACCUGUCCUUUUCAAACACCAGCGAUCAAAAAAAUCUGAGCACAUUGUGAGUUCAUGUGUCCAUCUCUUCACUCUAGAGAGUGAGGAGCACCGAGUUAUUGUGGUUUUUGGAAUAUCCCCAGACAUGCAUUCUGAAUUUUGCGUUUUCAAUGGGUUCAGCUGAAAAUGCAAUCUUUCCUUUUUAAUAUGUAUGAGCCGCUCCCACGAGAAAUAAUUAACUCAUCUCUAAAACGGCCCGGCGUUCGAAAAUCAAAAUCCCUAUAUUAUAAACCCACAGCGGAAUUAGAACCAGCCUCCUAUUACCUACAAAAAUUCAUGCAAUCACAUUUCAUUAAAGCCCAAAAAACUUAAUUGCAAACAUUGGCAUCGUUGGGUAUUCAUUUCAAACCCCAGUCAUAUCGAAUUAGUAAAAGAGAAAUGGAUCAUAUCAGGAGAUUGUCUUCCUCCAAACAGUGAACUGUAUGAUGGAAAAUUUGGUAUUUUUAUCGUGUUUGUUUCUCCAUUUUGUGAAAACACACCUCGUCUUGUGAGUCUCUUUAUUUGUUUAUGUCGAAUUUUGACGUCAUCUAUCAACUGUAAUUUAACAGACUUCUGACAAAAUGGAUCAAUUUUUUAAAUAUGAUGCUUUUUCAAUAUUAUUCGCCCCUUUGGAAAAGAUCUACUCGAUACUUUCAAAGUUUAAUCAUCACUGAUUAUUUUAGGCUUUUAUCAUAGUGACUCUACAUCGAUCUAUUCCAGGGGAAAAGUAAGGACUGCAUGCAACAUGUUUUCGCUCUAAUGUCCUGAGUGCAUUGCGGAUAGUAAAGAAGCAAGUUCUACAAAAAGACUAUUUGAGGUUUUUGUCGUAAAAUAAAAAUAAAAUGAGAGAAAAAUGAUUUUGAAAUGGGAAAUGGCGAGUUGCAUAAUAAUUCUUUGAAAUACUCGUGUCAAACGAAAGCGAGUCUUAGAUCAAACUAAAAUAGUCAUAUUUUUUUGUGAAAUUAGAUCUGAAGUAUUUAAUGAAAGCAAAGAAGUACACGUAUAGUCAACGGUGAUUUAUCAGUCUAUUCAUUACUUUCUGGUAAAUUUUAUGUUUAAUAUUUUGAGAUUUUUUUUUCAUUGUUUGCCUUUUUAAUUUUUUCCCGAAAAAGUUCAUAUCUGCCACAAUUUGCCACAAACCAGUCGCUCUCGAGGUAGUAACAGACCGUUGCGUGACACCUUUAAGAGGCCGUGACUGUAAAUAUCGAGAAUCGUUGGCCAGGCUAAAAAAAUCGAAAAUUCUGAUAAUUUGCCUGGAAAACCCUUUUAGAGAGAUACAUUCAAAAAAAAUUAUUUUAAAGUUUAAAAAAUCAAAUAUGUCCGAGGAAAUGGGGAAAAACGAAAAUUCGGGUUUUUACCUUAUUAAUUAUGCAAAAAAUACAGUAAAAUUAACCAACUUUAGUGUGCACUGAAGGAGGAUACUGAAAUCAGGAUGUUUUUACUAAGAAAUCAUUUGAUUUUUUAUUUGUGGCAUUUUAAGAUUUUUUAACAAAACUCACUGUUUUUAACAAAGUUGUCAAACGCUUGUUGCAAAAGCGAAAAAUCGAGCAACUUCAAGCCUUCAAAACGCGUCUUGGUAUGUGUGACAUCAUGUCAAACUACAUGCUGGCACAAAGUUUGGUCCUUAUACUAACACAAUAUGAAAUAAAAAAUCUGGGUAAUUCAGAAACGUGCCGGCAAAACAUAAAGGUUUGCGACGCACUGUGGCCAGAGGUCACGAGUUUGCAUGAUGCAAAUCAGUUGUAGAAAUCGUACCGCCUAACGGUUCUGGUGUAGGAAAGGCUCUUUUGACGGCUACAACAUGAAAUUUACAAGAAUAAUGACCAGUAUUUAAUAGCGUUUAAUUCGUUUUUAAGCCAAUGAAUUUUUUGUUUCAUUUCUCGUAACUGUCUUGACGAAAAGCAAAAUGUUUCAAUUGCGUGACAAUUUUCACGUUGGAUCAAAGGUUAAGUUGCCGAGUAAAGCGGACACAAUCCUUUUUUAAUCAAAACUCCAUUCUAAAGCAUCCAGUCCUAUAUAUCUCGUUUUAUAUUACUGGUAUAAUUUCUUUUAUGAGUCUAUAUCGAACAACAUCCAGCCGGCCUGAUCCUGUCUGACUGCCAAGUGCGGUUCCAAGGGACUUUUUUCAUUUCUGGUUUGCGCCUGUAAUACGGGGACCGCGGAGCUAUGGGGUUGAGUGGGCUGUAGCCCCACCAAUAACAAUUUGUUAUCAUUAUAAUUUAUUUAAUCUUUGAAUUAAAAAUUUGACAAAUUUUCCUUUGGAUUGAAACGCGUUUCCGGUGAUUUCAGAAGCUCUAGAUUUCAAAAUUUGCCGGGGGAGCAUACCCCAGGAUACCCUGUUAGCAGUCUUUCUGUACUAAGAAAGGCGUACUAAGAAACAGACAAAAGGAGGCCCUCCUCGGAGGGGAGGCCCCAGGGCCCUCAUAGAUAAUUAUAAGUUGGUGUCAAUGAGCUCACACUACGUGGGAACUGCUAAAGCUCCUCCGAUCCAAAAUAUGCUCCGCGGCCCCGUUUUAUAUCAACGUUCAUAUAAAACUCAAUUUUUUGAAGCAGCCUUUUGCCAUUUGCCUUUUAAACUUCACUGCAAGAGCAGCAUCUAACAAGGUCUUCGAGCAGAGCGACGUAAGAUGUCUUUUUUCUAUGAUCAACCCCAGGUGGUAAUGCAAGAUUCAAACUCUCGCAAAGGAGUUUUAAGACUGCGAGUUCGAGAUUUUUGAGUGUUUUAUUCUCGACCAUGGAACAGUUGUACUGUUGGUAAUGAAUAGAAUGAGUUACAUUUAACCGCUCAAAAAUAGACUCCUUAGCAUUUGACAAAUUAAAUUCUUCCUCCAUAGCAACGAGAUCUUGCUCAGUUACAGCUUGUGCGUAGGGGGCUGUCUGCUGUUUCACUUUUGCUGCCAUUCUAGAAAAAAAUGAAGCUACUUGUUAAGUAAAAAAAAAACUCAGAGACACUGAACAAGCGUUCCCCGUUCAAUUCCUUUGCUCUUCUCAUUUCUGUUGCAACAAUUUCCGCGUCGACCUUCUUGCCGCUUUCUUGUCCGAUGGUAAGUCAGGUACUCUCGUAGCUUUUUGUUAAACCGGUAGACUUUCUUUACUUGUUUUAAAGCGAAGCCUUCAGGCAGUGUUACAUGUCCAGUGCUACGAGGACAGGUUUCAGGAGGUAGAGGAAUAGUUGGCACGGAACUUGAACCUUCCUCGAGCCUUGCCGCAUAUUUAACCUUCGCUUUACCAAGAAGUGUCUCCCUUUCAACCGUCUUUGUGCAUGUUCUGAACACGAGAUGCUUUUCUAGAGAAGAGUGCCGUUGGAAACUAUGCGUGCAGCCCUCCUUUGGACAUGGAAACACUUGAUCCCUAGUACAGUCUUUCAAUUCGACAAAGUCAGCCAUGUUUGGAUUUUCAGAACUUGCACCACAAGCCCCCCCAAGAAGAGAAGCAAAGCUACAGAAUGACAUCGUUUUCUGUUUAUGCUCUAUGAAAAACCUCGCACGUGUUUACCUUUAAGAAAAAGACCGUGGUUGCAUCAUAGAGAAUUAUCGCCCGGACUGUAACACGGUACAAUUGCUACCGUGACAGAAGUCCUUUUUAUCAAGUUUUAUGACAGAAAUGUGGCCAUUUUUCCCAAAAAGAUAAGAGUAAAUAGCAUAAAAAGGUUGGGCUGUUAUCUUGAGGUGAAAAACUUCACAGCAGAAGCUUGCGGUGUUGCGUGACUUUGUUUACUCGCAUAACUUUUUCCAAGAUAUCCAAGAUAUUUCAAAAGAAAUAUUAUCGCAGUUGCAGAAAACGUAACUAUUCAACUAAGAACGAUGUCGAUAAUAAACCACUUGUAAAAAUGGUGAACUAUACAGCGGCCCUUAUCUAUAGUUAGGUGUAGGUAGUGCUGUUGAAAUAGCGAGUCGACAAUAACAGUCUUCUGCAAUUCAAAUUAACAGAAAAGUUCGUAUCUAUACAUCAAUUUACAGCCCUCUUCAGCAAUGUCUGCGGAUUUUUUAUUCUAUAAUUUCAUAUCAUUUCCAUAUCAAAGAGUUUUUUAACCAUCUUUAACUAUCUUGUUUACUUCGUAGCUCUCAAGUACGAUUUCUACAACUAAUUUGCAUCAUGCAAAUUCUUGACCUUAAUACACAGUGCGUUGCAAACUCUUUUAUUUUGCCGGCACUUUUCUUAAUUACCCAGAUUUUUUAUUUCAUAUUAUUUUCAUAUAAAGACCAAACUUUGUGCCAGCAUGUAGUUUGAUAUGAUUUCUCACAUGCCAAGACGCGUUUUGAAGGCUUGAAGUUGCUCGAUUUUUUCGCUUUUUGCAACAAGCGUUUGACUGCACUUUGUUAAAAAAAAUCAUGUGAAUUUUAAAAUUAAAUCAAAGCUCCUUAAAAUGCCACAAAUAAAAAUCAAAUGAAUUAUACUUUGAAGUAAAAACACCCCCGAUUUCUUCCCAAACAUCCUCCUUCAGUACUCGCACACUAAAGUUGGUCAAUUUUACUGUAUUUUUUUGCAUAAUUAAUUAGGUAGAAACCCAAAUUUUCGUUUUUCCCCAUUUUCUCGGAAACAUUUGAUUUUUCAAACUUCGAAAUAUUUUUUUAAUACAUCUCCCUAAAAGGGUUUUCCAGACAUAUUAUCAGAAUUUUCGAGUUUUUUAGCCUGGCCAGCGAUUCUCGAUAUUUACAGUCAUGGACUCUUAAAAACUGCUGAGGGGUCGUGUAACGAUACUGAAAUAGCUUUGUCAUUACAUCGUCAUUGUUAUUCCUUUUUUUAUUGAUUACUCUGCACGUCACGUCCAAACGGAAAGCUUUCAGUUUCUGUGCGCAUUCAGAGGACCCCCAAUCGCCUUCCAAGAAGAGCCAUGGGUAUUCUCCAAAUUCGUAUAUCUUUCAGUUUCAGAGCAAGUCAUUAUUCAUUCACUGCAGAAUAAAUCUCAGAUUUAUCUAACAGCGAUAGAAGGGUGUCAUUCCUUUGAGGUGAGUACCAUAACUGUAUACUUACCUCACCAAGCGAGUGAAGUACAGUUCUUAUUUCAUUAGUACGUUGCUAUAUGGCUUGUUGUUCUGUAUUGGAUGUUGUUAUUCUUUUGUCGCCCACAGUUUCAAUUGAGGGGCAGGUUGAUUUUAAAGCGAAAUUGGAUCUAACCUUCAUCAAGAAGGUACUUUUAAUGAAAGAAUUGAAAUCAUACGAACCUGCACACUUUCAAACCUGUGGAUAAGUUGUGGGCUGUCUUGUAAGAGGCACGAAAAACUACUUUUAAGCGGAGUAAAGUAUCUUAAAGCUAGAUGGAAUUAAUUACUCAUGCAUUCCAAAUGUAUAGUUGAGUUUUAGAUACCACGGUACUGGAUUCACAAACUAAAGAAACUCCUUUAUUUUUUUUUGAAAGAGAGGAGGGAGUGGUGAUUACGCCUGUACAAGUAAUCUUUCUUAUCUCUUAGCUUAGCAGAUGAACGAUGUGAAGAAACGCAAACCUCUGUGACAGAUAUCUUUCGUUCUAAUGUUAGGACUGUUUUGAUUUAAAUUGUAAUCUGACUUGCUACUUUUCAUUUUAUUAAUUCUUUAUCCUGACAUUCCAACUUCCCAUUUAACCUUAUUUUAUAAUUGGAGUCCAUGAAAUUUCUAAGGUAAUGAACAAAUGGUUUAUGAAAACGAUACGACGCUCGAAAAGCAAAACAUUACCAGUUCCGGCUUUGAUCUCCAAGUUUCAGUAUAAACAUGUCACACAUCAGUGAUUUUUGACAAAGUGUGACUUGGCAAUUUAAUCUCAUGAAAUUUCAAACUUCUGUUGUAAGAAAUAGGGACCAUAAGAAAACCACGACGGCGACGGCAACGAGUACGUGGAAAAACAAAAAAUCUAAUUGGCAGAACUAUAGCUCAACACGCGCGUUUUAGAACUUUGUACACUUCUCAGCUGUCCUAUACAAAGCAACAACGUGAAAUCACCACAAUUUGCGUCGUCUGCGAACCGAAACCGCGACGGCAAAUUUUUUAAAUUUCCAUUUGGAACUCAACGCUUCUUUUAUACGUUAUGCUAAAGUUGAGGUGUGGCACCGUAUGAGACGGUAAACAAAUGCAGCCAUUUUUUAAAUUCUAAUUUAAGGCAGAAAUUCAUUUUUAAUCGAAGUUUUCCUCGGCGUUGCCGUCCUGACCGCUUAAGGUCCCUAACAUCCUUUUGAAUGAAACUGCCAUCGACUCAAUAAAGGAAAGAGAUUUGAGUAAAUUUUUUCCCAAUUAUCUCUGCGAUCAUUGAUCCAAGCGUUGAAAGAACUCGCCGGAGUAGAUAUUUAGUGUAGUCGUGAUGUAUUUCUGGUUUCCAUGCGAUGUAAUUAAAACCAAUUCUUCUCAGUUUUUAGCAAAAUUAGAUAAAUAAGAUUUUCAAAUAAUACCAGGACGUUUUCAUCAUAAACAUGAGCCAGUACCGUUCUGUUAUUGAGCAGUUGAGAGCAGCAUUGAUUUUCAAACAGCCUUUUUGAGUUACAGGCAUCUGAUGGUAAAACUGAGCCUUAGAACUCUAGCAUUUAGCUUAGUCCAGAAAAUUGCUAAAAGCUGUUGAGAAAUACACCGGCAUCUUUUCAUACCAUUUAUAAAGGAACAAACGGAACAAAAAAAAUUGUGGUAGCAUUAAUACAUCAAAGGAUUAGUGUUUUCAAAUGGCCCCACUGAAAAUAAGCACAUAUCAAUAGGAAGCGUAUGUGCUCUUACACUUAAUUUUUUAUUCCUGGGUUUCUUUCAUCAUUUUUAUUGAUAGAAUUAAUUCGUAAUGCAACUUCGCGUAGAGCAAUUUAGGGAUAAUCAUGCAGAAAAGGUUUUAAGCCCUACUAAACGAUUUGUUACCUUUUUCAUUCCUAACUUCCUCUUUCCUGGAUUGUGUUUUCAAAAAACUGCAUUCCUUCCUGGUCAAUCAGAAUGGAGAAAUGUUUUGGAAUAAAUUUGCAUUCGUAAAUUUAAUUCAAAGACUGGCCUGUGCAAUUUUGUUGAUCGUUUAAAAUUCUCUUCGUGCUUAUUUCUCUAAAUAGCACUCGAAAUCAUGUGAUUGCCUGUACAAAUGGAUUGUAACUUUAUAUUGUUUUCUGGACUUUAGCGCGUCAUGUAACAUUUUAUUUAUUGUUCUUUCAGAAAAGAGCUGGAAACAUGGCGUCAAGAAAAAAUCAAAACAUUGCCAUUCCUCUUUGUUUACCCAACAACUGCCGGUGGAACGCAGCAACUGGAAAAUAUAUUAAAACCGGACGACAGCGAACGUUUCUGUAUGUGGUGGAGGAAGCGCUGAAGAAGCUUAAGACUGUGAAAGGUAUACUUUCUGUCCAAUGCUUCAUGGUCCUCAGUUUUUGCAUAAAAAGUUUUACUUUUUUAUAAAUGUCCAAGCUCUUACUGGGCGCAAUGGGAACUGCACACAUGUAAUCAUGAAAUAGAUCAGAGGAGCGUCAUGGCUACCCCACUUGCCUGCAUCUAACUAGGGAACGGGAGGGUGGGGAGACUGAUUUUGUUUACAGUUCACUAACCUGUUUUCGCACGCCUAAAAAAUUGCUUAAGUGGGGGGACGGGAGGGUGAUGCUCCUUUUUACUCUAUCGACAAUAAAUAUCCUUACCCAUCAAAUGUCGUCUGUGAAUGUAAAGUUCUCUACACACACACGUUCAAGGUAGGCAUUUGGAAGAAUGUGCAAUUGUUAGAUAAUGAAACACAAAAAUGAUUAUUAUAGAAUAAAAAUGGGCAGAGUGAUAUCUGCUUUUGUUCGAUUCGGUUUUAUAGUUAACGUGGAUCUCAAGCUUCUCAGUUUAUCUUGAUGCAGUUGUUUUAGUUUCAACAGUAACUCAGAGGGGUCGCAGGUUUUUCUUUUAUAAUCCUCGAUUCAAAUAUUUCGUUUUGCAUACUUAAAACUUCUCUUCUGGGCUGGAUCUUAAUCUUGGAGAUUAAAGUCGAACUCGUUUAUUAAAUUCGGUCUAUCUGUGAUCAGGCUAAUAAAUUCCUUUGUAUGCCCAUAUAAUAAAUUGGUGUGACUGUUUCAAACGUAAUUUAAAGUGAUUUACAACUGCUAAAGUUUUAUCGAUAUUGAUUAAGAUAUGUUUCAUUACAUUUCCCAUGUGUAGGUCCCGUGUGUGUUGUAUCGAUCGCCGGUCCAUACAGAAAAGGGAAGUCGUAUAUUUUGAGCGAAGCUUUCGAUCAACCCGAGGUGUUCCCUCUCGGGCAUCAUUUUGAUCCUGAAACUGUUGGAAUCUGGAUGUGGAUAGUGCCACAAAAAAUGCGGGUGAGUUCACAUUAAUCAAGUAAUUAAGUAAGUGCUUGAAAGAAAGCUUCAACUGUUCAUUUUCUCCUGGUAACUGUGGCUGUAUCUUUCUCAUUUAUGGACACGAUUAUUAAAUUUCAAUUGGCAAAAGCAUCGCAGUUUUCGAACUCAUUCAGCAAAAAGGGUACAGAACAGAUGUUUUGAUUUGUAGACCAGAUUUCUAUGUCAAUAAAAUGUGUUUUAAUGACUAUAUUUAGGGCUUAUUAAUGUCGAAUUAACUUGUUGGAAGGUCCUUGUUAAAAAAGCUGAGGUGGGGGCAGGAGGUCAAUUUCUGCACUGCUGUGUUCGGCAAUAGGAAAUUUAAGAGGAAACUUAAAAAAUGAAGAAUCACUCUUAUAACAUACAUUUUUCAAGAAAAAUUUGGCAUCCUUUGUCUGUGGAGACGUUGCGAUAAUCUCAAAUUUAUGAAAGCUAAGAAAUGUCAAAAUUUGAAAUCACUAUACCCCCCGUUUCUAGCCAAAACUAAGUUGCACUGCUUUAGCGGUCAUUUCAAAAUAGCAAGUUACUGCUGCCUCCAAAACAAGUUAAAUUGGAAUCACCCCUUCACACUAGAGCUUGCGCAACUUGAAACUGGCUGUUUCUGUUUUUCAGGACUCCACUGGCAGGGAAUGUACCGUGGUCUUAUUAGACUCAGAGGGAAUUGAUGCAGUAAUGGGAGAAGGUUUGGAUGACAAUCAGAUAUUUACUCUCACUGUUUUGCUGGCUUCUGUUUUGAUCUACAACUCAGCAGGGGUUCCCACCAGACAUGACCUCAAUGGAUUGGAGUAUCCUUCACCAAAUACGUCAGAUUUUUGGAGUGGAGAGGGAUUAGCAGAGGGAGGAAAAGAGUCCAUAAAUGAGGCAUAUUUCUGUGUGUUCUUAAAGGCUUGUAUAAGUGAAAUACAGGCUCGGUAUUUUAACGGUUUUAACGCGUAUUCCAAGAGAAAAUUUCAUAUGGAUGUAAAAUUUAUCUUAAAAAAGGUUGCUGAAAAGCACUUGGAAAGCAUGUGUAAAUGACUUCGGCUGCGCAAAGUGUUCUCGCAUGAUUUUUAACUAGUUCUUGAAGCCUAUUAGCUAAAACCGAUGCAUGUACUGUAACUCUGACACGAACGAUCCGAUUUUUUGAUCACAAACCUUUUACUAAGCGUUGAUGGAUGAGUAGGGCUUAUAUCUCAAACAGAGAAUGGUAGUCGACCUUACUCUGGAAAAACUCUCGUUAAAACAAAUUCUCGUCUAUCCUCGUCAGAAUGCAAGCGUAAAACUUUAACCCUUUGACAAUAGGAUUUUGUUCCCAAAAAGAGAACCAAGCUGAACAAAGAUAUAAGAGGAGACAGAAAAGCUAUCGUUCGCGAUAGAUGAAACGAAAACAUUUCUUAACAUUUUGCAGUUUUAUUAUGAAGUUGUCCCAACGAAUAAGACUUUGCUCCAACGACGGCAGUGUGAGCGCGAGCAGCCCUCGAGAGGACACAGAAUUCUUCCACAAGACUUUUCCAUUCUUCAUCUGGCUUCUCAGGGAUGUUACUCAGUCCAUUCCAACAGACUGCAGAGACAUUAAGGAGUAUUUCCUAACAAGGGUAAGGCGACUCAUUUUGAAACGUUGAACAGAAAUGACAAAAGAAUUAAUCAAACGCUUCCCUGAAAAACUCUUUGUCACAGCCGCAGAAAUAUUGAUUAUAUCACUUUUUUCUCGGAAUAGACUCUUACAGUUUGUUAUAUGAACAAAAUAACCGAGUAUUCGAGAACAUGGUUUUGUUUCUUGGUUGUAAGGUUUAUUGUUUAACUUUUUGGAGAUGUACAGGUUUUGAAAAUGGAAGGAACUUGGUUUUUUUUUGGUUUUUUUUUUGUAACUAUGUAUAUAUCUCUCUGCAAGUCGUCUAAACUUAGACGUUCUCUUAACUCGACCAAAAAUAAUAAUAAAAUCUUUCUUUAUUCUUUGCAUACAGUAGUUGGAUAAGUCUGCUCAGUUAAUUUAUAUAUUGACUUUGCUUAAAACGUAGUCGUGUUCUAUAAACAAAGAGGGACUGAUUGACUGGUUUACCUUGAUUACAGUGAUCACUUAUCACAUUAUAAUGUGCUCCAUAUCCUCAGCGAUGGGGAUCUAAAUCUUGUAUUGGCUUGUGAUACAAACGUCUCUAUGAAAGGGAUGACAGAGGAUCUUGGUUUUGUCACAAUAAAGUUCCCCUGAUGACCCCUAAAAGACUCUGUAAUAGUCUUGUGACCCCCCCCCCCCUUCAUUGGCAACUAAUUGGCAGUCAAUUUCCAUAAUAUCCCCUUCAUACUCAGUUGGCAACGACUGAUCCCCACUCCGUUCCCCAAUGAAAACCAUCUUCCCUCCAGAAUCCUUGGCUCCCACCCCAGGAGAAAAUGACUGGUUCCUUAUUACAACUGCUUUUUAAACCAACCAGGUUUUCAAGGAUCAAGGAAAGGAACGGGCGGACCACACCCAACGAGUCGCUGAAAGCAUUUUGCGUUUCUUCCCCGGCUUCGAAGCCUUCAAACUGCCACCACCAUCUGUAAGUGAAGAGGUCAUGAAAAACAUCAACAGAAACAAAAGUCAGAUCAACAGUGAGUUCUUCUCUGGGAUAGAGAAGUUCAAGGUCUUGUUGAAAAGAACUCUUACUCCUAAGCACAGCUUCAACGACGGAGAACUUGUGACUGGUGAAGGUAAAGGCUACUAUUGCAUCUUCGUUUGGCUUUCAUCUCUCGUGAGAGAGCAACUCGUAACUUCUCUCAGAUUUCUAUGUAAUUUUCAGAUGAAAAUUACUGGUUUUGAAGACAAAUUUCGAGGGAUUAGCUUUAUCUCUAGAAUCUUAAGUCGCCGCCUACUUCUUGAAUUAUGGGAGUCACAAUCUUAUGCCAUGCUUUUCUAUAUUAGAUUAUUUUUUACACCGUUUGUCUACUGUAUACUUUUCUAAUUAAGUAUGUCCUUAAACUUAAAGACAAUUUUCAUCCCUCGAUAACCCACUCUGUUUCCAGGUUUGGCUGCCUUGGUUGAACUUUACGUGCAGGCCAUCAAUACUCCUGGAGUGAUUCCUAAUGUCCAGUCAGCUUGGGACACAUUUGUAACAGAUAAAUGUUCUGAAGCAACGCACGAAGCCAUGAAUGUCUACAGCGCCGUCGUGCAUUCACAACUGUCCAAUCAGCUGCCUUGUGACUCCGAAGACAUUCGUAAAUGUCAUGAAACUGCUCUUGACCAAGCAAUUGGUCAGUUACAAGCUGAAACAAUCGGAAUAUCCUCUAUUACAACCGAGAGGUACCUCAACGAGCUAGUGGUAAGGAGUUUUCACACAUUGCUUAAACAUUCCUCAUUCAGUACUUUGGAGUAAAAUGAUACCGACGAACUUUUGCAAACUUCGUCCAACAUUUUUGUGGGGAUGAAUAAAAUUUUCGAUUUGUGGUAGAAUUCUAACAGGACAAACUCUUUAUGAUUUGACUCAAGGUUUCGGAUCUUGGUGAAAUAUUUAAAAGCAGCAGAGUACCUGGUCCGAAAUCGAGUGCGGUGAAAAUAAUAGGUUGUGCAGAAGCAUUUCCAAAGCAAUGAAAUAUCCUUGGUUCUUUUUCCACGAGGCUCAAGACUUUCCUCAAGCUUUCCCGACGCUUGUCGUUACACAUUUUCUGAUGACUAUUUUUCGUGAACGUUUCCGCGCCAGGUGGAGGCUACUGCUUGUCAAUUUCAUGGCGGCAUCUAAUUGACCUAACUCUAAUUUAUAAGCGAUAAAUAUUUAGUAACUGUCUGGUUAUACAACCAUGAAUGCCACGAAAUAAUAGUUACGGUGCUUCCCAACAUUCAUUGUUGGACUUACUGGGGGAGAAUGUUCGUAAAUUUCAAUUAUUUUGGCACAAGUUACUCACAGAAACAACAAAUAAAUGUCCAGUUAAAGUUUGGGAACAAACAACAGCACGCAAAGAUGAACACUGGUAUUUACUGUAAAUAUAAAACGGCUUUUUUUUAUUUUUUAUUUUUAUUUCUCAGUCGUUUGCUGACCGAGAUUAUGUCACGUGGCAGACUGAGAAUGAUCAGUUUACGCGAGAGGCUUGUGACGCUCUCCUGAAGCAACUCAAAAAGCAACACUUGGAUCCAAUCCUCGACCAGCUCCAUGGAAAGGAAGGCGCCAAAGUCAUGUUCGAUGACAUUGUAGCAGGUUACAAAAAGAUUGAGCAGGACUACAAAGCUCGUGCCACCGGAGCUAAACAAGUUUGUGCUGCUGUGUUCUUCGAGUUUCAUCCGGUAAAUAGGGUUUUUUACUUGGAAUUAAAAAUUCAGACCAGAAAUGAGACAAAUUAAUGAGGUUUCUCAUCUGUCUUCCUUUUUGUUUUCAUUGACGUUAAUAGUUUCACGGACAGCGAAUAAAUACAAACCAAAUUCAGUUCCUUUAAAACAAGUACAUUGCGAUUCUUGGUCUUAGUAACUAUUAUGUUGUUACAAGAGAAUAUAACUUUAUAAUCUCUUGGUAGUUACCACAAAGAAAACCAACAGACAAAGCAACGAUGUAAGCGAAAGUUCUACUUUUAUCACAGGAACUUAUGACAGAAAUGCAACAAUACUUGGGCGUGCUGAAACAAUUAAAGGACUUUGACGAGAACUUGAGUCGAGAAAUUGCCGCCAAAGCCUAUCAAGAGCAAGAGAAGAUAAAACUUGAGGUACUCAUGAUGCAAUUUUAAUCGACUUAAUAAUCAUAUUACUUUUUAACGGGAAAAAAAAUUGAGAAUGAUAAAUGCUAGGAACGGAGAAUAGGAAAUGAAGAAUAGGGAAAAGGGAAAUGGGAAGAGGGAAGAAGAAAGGAAAAUUGGGAAUGGAAAAUGGAAUAGGAAUUGUUUUUGUUAACGUUCUGCGGCUAAAGAAAAGGAACGGAAAAUAACAUCCUAUCUUCAACAAACUUAAUCAACUGAUUAAUAAGAGAACAAAAGCCGAUUGAAGUUCAUGCUUUCUUUCUCUGUUCUUUGUCAAAAACAUUGCUAUAUUAAUUUAGUUUUAAUGGCGAGGAUAUAGAAUUUCAUCAUCUGCUAAACAAAGCCUAUACUGAUAUGACUUUUCGUUCUCAUUUAAGGAGGAACACGAACGUUUACAACAAGAAAAUCGUCAGCGCCAUAAGGAAGUAAGACAUUUUAAGUCAAUGUCAGUAUCUGAGAAAUUCUAAACCUACCCCCCCUCCCCCCCAACUCAACAACAAUCAAAAAAUAACAAGUUAGGGUUAAUGUUGGGUCAGGGGAGGGGUAGGUGUGCAGUUGAUCAGACAGAUUCUGAUAUUGAUCCGACAUUUUCACAACCACUAAAGAAAUCACUCCACGCUUCAAAAAUCGUCAAAUCUAUCAUUUGACGAUUUCCAUUUGUGCAGAUCACAAAAAGAGAAUAAAAGAACAAAGAGGACCAUUGGCUGCUUUUUGUGAGUUUUGCCUUCUCAGACGGAAGCGCACACUCAUUCCAGGGAACUAGGUUUUUUGAGUAACAUAAAAAACAAACAAAAGGCUGACAUCUUGUCUGAACGAGUCCUGGUGCAGGGGCCGCCCUCUCUGUCUGCUUAUUUUCUCUUGGUUCCAUUCCAAUGUAAUUUUAUGAUGUGUCAACUUAGAUUGAUUAUUCCUUAAUUUCUUUGUUAAAAGAAUAUUACCUCAUAAUAACUUUAUCUUCAAAUGCCUCAAAAUAUAUAUUUAGAGUGAAUAACUCUAGCAAGAAUAUAUCCCACUAGGUGUUUUCUGUGAAAGAUUUUUCAGUAUUUUUACCAGAAAUUCAUUCUGAGUGACUGAGAAAUUUGAUGAUUUUAGCCCCGAGGUGAACAAGAGUAGAUGCCAUAAUAUUUUUCAUCAUGACUCUCUUAUAGCUGUCUGACCUGAACUUUUUCCUGUCUGGUAAUUAGAUGGAAAUGCUGCAGGCAAAACAGGAGCAAGAAAAAAAGAGACUCCGUGAACAGAUGGAAGCUGAAGCCGCGGUCCAACGACAACAAAUGGAGAACAUGGUAAAGGCGAGAAUGAUGGAAGUUGAAAAACAUAGACGAAAUUUCAUGCAAGAAAACCAGGUACUCAGCCAACGACUUGCACAAAUGCAAAAAUCAAAUGAAGGCAUGGAGAAGAUAGUGGAGAGCUUGAGACAACAGCUGCUACUUAAUCAGAGCCGACAACGGCAAGUUCAAAAGCCGGGAUUCUUUGAUAGAGCGCUGCAAAUGAUACCAGUCUUGGGCGGGGUCGCUAGUACCUUAUCAAAGUGUAGCGUUAUGUAAAGCUUCUAAAGUUAUCCCUUAUCAUGAACACUGGUUCAAUUUUUAAGUAGUGGCAUUAUAUCAGCUUCCAGUUAAUUAUAAUUUGCAACGAGUUAACAACCUUAAAGUUAUGUAACACGUUUCCCGCCAAUGGAUAUGAUGUUGAUUU